AUGAAUGAGGCACCACCAGGUGCUAUUGGAGUUUGUACUCCAAGCGGUUGGACAGACAGUGAAUGUUUUAUGAGAUGGUUGAAUCAUUUUACAUUUAUUGUAAAGCCAUCAAAAAAAGACAAGCAUCUUAUUUUUCUUGAUGAACAUCACUCUCACAAAACACUUGAGGCAGUGACAUUUUGUCGUGAAAAUGGAAUUGAAUUAAUAACAUUUCCACCCCACUGCACACAUAAGAUGCAGCCUCUUGAUGUUUCCUUUUUUAAAGGAUUGAAAGCUGCAUACAAUGCAACUGCAGAUGGAUGGAUGCUUAGUAACAAAGGAAGACGGAUAACCUUUUAUGAAAUAGCUGGACUAUUUUCAAAAGCAUUUUUGAAAGCAGCCACCCCAGAAAAAGCUGUGCAUGGUUUUGAAUGCACUGGUUUGUGGCCUCUAAACAAACAAAUUUUUUCUGAAGAAGAUUUUUUGCAUCAAAGCUAA